CGCCCGAAAGGGAAUGCAUGAAAAAGUCAACGUAGAUAUGAGCCGGCAAUGCAGGAAAUGGGGCUGGGAAGAUCAGAGAAGAGGCAAAUGGAGGAGGAGAGGGUGAACUUGGAAUGGUCUCUGCCAGUGCCGAGCGUGCAAGAGCUGGUGAGGCAGGGACAGCCGGAUGCUUUGCCUCCAAGGUACGUCCGCGAUGACGUGGCGCCCGCUGAUCAUUCGUCGGAGUCAUCGCAGGGCUUACCUUGCAUCGACCUGGGAAAGCUGAUGGACCCUUCUUCUCAAUCCACCGAGCUCCACAACCUUCACUCUGCCUGCCACCAAUGGGGUCUCUUCCUGUUAGUGAACCAUGAAGUGUCGGAUGAAGGGAUGUGGCUGAUGAAGGAAAACGUGCCCGGUUUCUUCAAACUGCCUUACCAUGAGAAGCAAAAGUCGGCACAGAGACCAGGAAGUCUCGAAGGUUAUGGGCAGGCUUUCGUCACCUCUCACGAGCAGAAGCUGGAUUGGAAUGACAUGAUCUUCCUCAAAUGCCUCCCUUCUCAUGCAAGAGAUCUCGAACUGUGGCCACAAAAUCCCCCAGAAUUCAGGAUAGCACUAGAUAAAUACAGUGAAGAUUUGAGGAAAGUGGCUGUGGCGGUAGUAAAGUAUAUUGGAAUGGCACUGGGGAUUCAUGAAGGUGAACUGGAGUUGUUGAUGAAAAGUUUCUGGGAAGGGAGGUAUGAGGUCAGGAUGAAUUACUACCCACCAUGCCCGGAACCUGAGAGGGCAAUGGGCCUAUCGCCACAUUCUGACAACUCAGGGAUCACCAUGUUGAUGGAGUGCGGCAACAUGCCUGGCCUUCAGGUCAUCAGCAGGGAUGGCCGCUGGGUCACAGUUCCACCCGUUCCUGGCAGCAUAGUCGUGAACUUAGGUCAAAAUCAUGGAGAUUUACAGCAACGGCACAUACAGAGCACCAGAUCAUAGAGCGGUGGUGAACAAAGAGAAGGAGAGGGUGUCCAUAGUGACCUUCUGCUAUCCCAGCCCCUCUCUUCCAGUUGGACCAUCUCCACAGCUCCUCGCAGCCACUGGACUCACUCCUCUCUUCCAAACCCUUUCACACUCUGAAUACUUGCAACGCUUCUACAACCGCAAGCUUGAUGAUGUGGCUCCUUUCAUCAGUACCCUCAAGCUGUAGAUGCUGAACUGAUGUGUUCUUUCAUUUCAUCUUCUUUUAUUGUGUGUCAAGAAUAUGAAUUCAGGUUGUUCCACCUAUUGUUACAUUUUGUUUACUCCAUAAAGAACUAUUAGUAUGUAAAUUGUAAUGGUAGAUCAAACAACUGAUCCAAGUCAUUUCAUGAUUUUAUUCUAAACUAGCAUAUUACUUGUAGGGU